AUGUCGCUCACGCACGUGGGGAUCUUGGCGGUGGCGAUCGAGCCGGUGAUGGACGAUUGUGGGGCGAGAGAGACGGCGCGCGCGGUGCUCGAGGAGGAAUUGUGUCGAGAGCUACGAACGCUUCACGCGGCGUUCGGUGGAGACGCGGGAGAGGAUGGAGAGAAGUUGAUACGCGUCAUCGCGGCAUCGAGCGAUACUUUCGUUGUUUUGGCGCCGAGGCGGUACGUGGAGGCGACGAAGAUGGUGUGCGCGGCGGCGCGGAUGGAUAAAACGCCGAUUACGAUACGCGAGGUCGUGGUGUGCGAGGGAUCGCACGAGAUGGACGUUUUAAGACGAGUGGUUCCGAUGCUGAUCGAAGGCGCGUUCGCAGAGACACCGGAUUGGCGCGCUUUCGGGGAGAACGAUUCGGGGACGCGGUAUAUGUUUCAAGAUUUCUGGCCGGCUAAACCAGGGAUGAUGGUCACCGCAUGCGGCGUUGAGAUCGAGCACGGUAUCGCCGUAGCCAAGGCUCCGACGACGCUUGAUCGAGACGUCGGAGAGGAUCGAGAGCUCGAUAUCGUGUUCCCGAGCAUAAAUACAGUAAUUUUGAGAUUACAGCGCAUUGGAUCGAUCAUCGACGCGAUGCGAGAUGCGGGCGUGAGCAAUCAAAAGUUGCGUGAUUUCAUAGCUGGCGAUAAAGUGAUCGACAUCUCUUCGACGCCAAUCAUGGCGCAGGCGGCUCCGGAGAUUGGCAUCGAGGUGGGCAUCAUCGCGUUUCGUCGAGAGAUGCCGCACAACGCCGGAUUUAAAACUAUCGCCGAGUUUCGAUUGGCGUUCGGUGCGCGAUUCAACACGUUUGUACCGACACAUGCACACGUAGACGAUUCUGAGACCGAGCUUCUCGCGGACGUAUGUUUUCCAGGCCACGACGCGCCAUAUCUAUGGCCAGUUUCACUCCUUCUCAAGAACACCGGAGCCACUGAACUCACCGCCCGCUCUUCAAAUGUCACGAACGACACGUUGUUGGCCUGGCUGUUCGCCACGACGCAAGUACCAAUCCUUGAAACCCAUCUGAGCUUUCAGGUGAACAGAAAGGCGUUCAUGUCUCAGAACAUCGCUCCAAAAUGUGGACCACUGAUACCCGAUCGAGAGAUUUUCAUGACUGCGUCGCAGACGAACAAAACUGGGUGGCCAGCAUUUUCUGCACAGGCGAAUUCAAUGCCCUACUCGAUCGACGCUUGGGUCAAUCCGUUCUCUCAUGUCGAUUCAUUCCCACCGGUGGCGCCGAACAUUUUCUCUCCGCAUCAAAUGGUACCGAUCAAUACCACUUCGACUCCUUCUUCUGUUCCGCCGAGUGUGAAGACUCCUGGUGGAAGUGAUUUCCACAAUGUGUUCGCGUUUGACGACCUUCUCAUCGAUCGCGCCAAGGAUUUAUCUCCCGCUCGCAUCGCAGAGUUGACCCACGAGAUAGCUGAGUCUGGCGACGAGGACCAAGAACCAGUUCUUGGAAGUCGUUUGACGCCAGGAGGUAUUCGAACGGCGACGUUUUCACGUCUUCAGGGAGACCUGCCACAAAAGCGUUCUCCAGCUCCGGUGACAAAGAUUCCAGCGAAGAAAAGGCCGAGUGGUAAACGGAGGAAACCCAACGAACACGGAGAUCUCCAGAAUCGGAUCGCAACGGCGUGCAAAAAGAAAAUAGGGGAGGUGCCCGACGAGGUGGUGGACGUGUGUGCGCUAAUCGAAGCCAACGAUUUGGAAUCAAUCAAAAUACGAACGCUCGAUAAAAUCGGCUUCAUCACCAUGGUGAAAAAACUCAUCGACGCGCAAAGCGGCGAUAACCCGAAGAGUAGAAGUAAAGAAGAUCUGGUCUCGUAUACCUGCGAAAAGCUGAAGCUGAAAAAGGCAGUGGCGAAGAGGAAGAGAUGA